AUGGGAAAAUCAGCAAAGAAAUCAGCUUCCAAGGUAGAUGCACCUCCCGCUGUUGCCGCUCCCACCAAACCGAUGAAGAAAGGUAAGAGAGAAGCUGAGGAUGCUAUAGAGAAGCAACUAGUGAGUGCUAAGAAGCAGAAGAAGGACGUGGAAGUGCAGAAGAAGAAUGAGGCUAAGGUUCAGAAGAAGAACGUCAAGAAGAAAGUGGAGUCUUCUUCAGAAGAAGACUCUUCUUCUGAAGAAGAGCUCAAGGUUAAGGUACCAGCUAAGAAGGGAGGAGCAGUAGUCAAGCCGCCAGUGAAAGAAUCUAGUAGUUCUGAAGAAGAAUCAUCUUCUGAUGAUGAGCCUGCUAAAGGGAAAGUUGCUGCUAGAAAUGGUGUGGCCAAAAAUAACAAACAAUCUAGCAGUUCAGAUGAUAGCUCUUCUGAUGAGGAUGCAGUUCCUAAAACAAAGCUACCAGCUGCUAAGAAUGGAACUGUAGAGUCUGACUCGGAUGAUGAAAGUAGUGAUUCAGAGGAGGAUGCUGAUGCACUUACGAAACGAUCUGCUGCAUCUAAGAGCAGCGUUGUUGCUGUUACCAAGAAGAAAGAAGAGUCUGAUGAGUCAAGUGAGGAUUCUGAUUCUGAAGAUGAGUCUGACUCGGAUGAGGAUGUUGCAGCAACCAAGAAAGUUCCUGCUACUGUGACUAAAAAUGCCCCUGUUGCAGCUUCAAAGAAGGAUGAGUCGAGCAGUGAUGAUGAAAGCUCAGAAGAUGAUGUUCCUGCAGCUAAAAAUGGCUCAGUGGCUGCCACAAAGAAAGAUGAUUCCAGUGAGGAAUCUGACAGUUCUGAGGAAAGUGAUGACGAACAGCCUCAAAAGAAAAAGCAGAAAGUCCCAAUCUUGGCAACUACAAAUGCUGUUAAACCUAGCAUAAAAGCUACAGAAGAGGAGGAUAGUAGCAGUGAAGAGGAAAGCUCUGGUGAUGAUGAGCCAUCAAAAAUUCAAGGGUUGAAGAAGUCUACUCCUGCCUCUAAGGAUAGCAGUUCAGAGGAAGAGUCUACAGAGGAAGAAGAGUCUUCUGAGGAAGAAGAGGAAAAACCUACUUUAACUCCCAAGAAAAUGGAUGCUGGUGUGAAAACGACUGGUCUUGCGCCAACAAAGGAGACACCCAAGACGCCUGCUACUCCUAUAGCACAAACGACGGGCUCCAAAACUCUAUUUGUUGGGAAUCUUUCUUACUCUGUUGAGCAGGCUGACGUUGAAAAUUUUUUCAAAGAUGCUGGUGAAGUUGUUGAUGUUCGCUUUGCCAUGUCUGAAGAUAAUUCUUUUAGAGGCUUUGGCCAUGUUGAGCUUGCUACUGUUGAAGCAGCACAGAAGGCCCUCCGGGAAUUGAAUGGUAAAGAUCUGCUUGGUCGUCCUGUGAAACUAGAUAUGGCGAAAGAAAGGGGAUCCUACACUCCAUCUAGUGGUGGCAACGAGAAUUCAUACCAGAAGGGGGGGAGAACUCCUCAAGGGCAAACAAUAUUUGUUCGUGGUUUUGAUAAAUACGAUGGUGAAGACAAGAUUAGAAGUGCUCUGGAAGAUCAUUUUGGUUCCUGUGGUGAAAUGACGAGAGUUUCCAUACCAAAAGAUCAAGAUGGUGGUGUUAAAGGGAUAGCAUAUAUUGAUUUUAAGGAGAGUGCUGCCUUCAACAAAGCUCUGGAACUUGAUGGAUCUGAAUUCGGGGAGAGUUCCUUGUCAGUGGAAGAGGCUAAGCCAAGAGGUGAUAGUGCUGGUGGUGGCAGAGGUGGCAGGAGUGGUGGCCGGGACAGUGGUGGUCGUUUUGGAGGUCGACGUGGAGGUGGCCGCAGUGGUGGUGGUCGCUUUGGAGGUGGCAGUCGAGGAGGUGGUGGUCGCUUUGGAGGUGGAGGAAGAGGACGUGGAACUCCUGGGAAGCCAAGCAUGUUUGCUGCUGGUGCAGGGAAGAAGACCACAUUUGGUGAUGAUUAG